AUGCAGGACGCCCACGGACCCUGCCCCGGCAGCCCCAGGGACGCAGGAGACGGGCAGGGGCCGGGCCUGCUCCGGGGUGAGGUGGACUUCGGAGGGUCCGGGAAGAAGCGAGGCAAGUUCGUGAAGGUGCCCGGGGGUGUGGCCUCCUCGGUGCUCUUUGACCUGCUCCUCACCGAGUGGCAUCUGCCAGCGCCCAACCUGGUGGUGUCCCUGGCGGGCGAGGAGAGGCCCUUCCCCAUGAAGCCCUGGCUGCGGGACGUGCUGCGGAAUGGGCUGGUGAAGGCGGCUCAGAGCACGGGUGCCUGGAUCCUGACCAGCGCCCUCCGUGUGGGUCUGGCCCGGCACGUGGGGCAGGCUGUGCGCGACCACUCCCUGGCCAGCACGUCCGCCAAGGUCCGCGUGGUCGCCAUCGGCCUGGCCUCGCUGGGCCGCGUCCUGCACCAGCAGCUUCUGGAGAAUGCCCAGGAAGACAGCCCCGUCCACUACCCCGCGGAUGACGGCGGUGGCCAGAGGCCCCUCUGCUCUCUGGACAGCAACCUUUCCCACUUGAUCCUGGUGGAGCCGGGCCCGCCAGGGGAGGGGGACAGGCUGAUGGAGCUGCGGCUGAGGCUGGAGAAACACAUCUCGGAGCAGAGGACAGGCUAUGGGGAUUCAGGGGGCUCUUUUGUCUGGGAACCAGGCUCCCCCUGGGGGAUUCUGGAGCUCCUCUGGGCAGUUUGCCCCAACAGAAGACGGGGCGGGUCCAGGCUCCUGCGGGAGACUUUGGGGGAGAUGCCGUCCCUAUGGCGUCCGGUGUGGAUCCUGGAAAGGAUUUCCAGGGCCGUGGAACAGGCCGCCCCGUGGCUCAUCCUGGCAGGCUCGGGGGGCAUCGCCGACGUGCUCGCGGCCCUGGUGAACCAGCCCCACCUCCUGGUGCCCCAGGUGGCCGAGAAGCAGUUCAGGGAGAAGUUCCCCGGCGAGCACUUCUCCUGGGAGGACAUCGUGCAUUGGACCAAGCUGCUGCAGGACAUCACCUCGCACCCGCACCUGCUCACUGUGUAUGACUUCGAGCAGGAGGGCUCGGAGGAGCUGGACACCGUCAUCCUCAAGGCGCUGGUAAAAGCCUGCAAGAGCCAUAGCCAGGAGGCCCAGGACUACCUGGACGAGCUCAAGUUGGCCGUGGCCUGGGACCGCGUGGACAUCGCCAAGAGCGAGAUCUUCAGCGGGGACGUGGAGUGGAAGUCCCGCGACCUGGAGGAAGUGAUGGUGGACGCCCUGGUCAGCAACAAGCCCGAGUUCGUGCGCCUCUUCGUGGACAACGGGGCGGACAUGGCUGACUUCCUGACAUACGGACGGCUACAGCAGCUGUACCAUGCCGUGUCCCCCAAAAGCUUGCUAUUCACCCUCCUCCAGCGCAAACAUGAGGAGGCCCGGCUGACGCUGGCCGGCCUGGGCGCCCAGCAGCCCCGCGAGCCACCCACCGGGCCCGCCUUCUCCCUGCACGAAGUGUCCCGCGUGCUCAAGGACUUCCUGCAGGACGCCUGCCGCGGCCUCUACCAGGACGGCCGGCCAGGGGCCCGGGGGAAGGCGGAGAGGGGCCCGGCCAAGCGGCCCGCGGGCCAGAAGUGGCUGCCAGAUCUCACCCAGAGGAGCGAGAACCCCUGGCGGGACCUGUUCCUGUGGGCGGUGCUGCAGAACCGCCACGAGAUGGCCACGUACUUCUGGGCCAUGGGCCAGGAGGGUGUGGCGGCCGCUUUGGCCGCCUGCAAAAUCCUCAAAGAGAUGUCCCACCUGGAGACGGAGGCCGAGGCGGCCCAGGCCAUGCACGAGGCCAAGUACGAGCAGCUGGCCCUCGACCUCUUCUCCGAGUGCUACAGCAACAGCGAGGACCGGGCCUUCGCGCUGCUGGUGCGCCGCAACCGUAGCUGGAGCAGGACCACGUGCCUGCACCUGGCCGCCGAGGCCGACACCAAGGCCUUCUUUGCCCAUGACGGCGUGCAGGCCUUCCUGACCAAGAUCUGGUGGGGGGACAUGGGCACGGGCACGCCCAUCUUGCGCCUGCUGGGGGCCUUCCUCUGCCCAGCCCUCAUCUACACCAACCUCAUCACCUUCAGGGAGGAGGCCCCGCUGAGGACGGGCCCCGAGGACCUGGAGGGGCUGGACAGCCUGGACACGGAGACGAGCCUGCUGUGUAGGCCGGGCAGCCGAAUGGAGGAGUUGGCGGAGGCGCCGAGGACUCCCGGUGGUCGAGGCCCGCGCGCGGCCUUCCUGCUCACACGCUGGCGGAGGUUCUGGGGCGCCCCCGUGACCGUGUUCCUGGGGAAUGUGGUCAUGUACUUUGCCUUCCUCUUCCUGUUCACCUACGUCCUGCUGGUGGACUUCAGGCCGCCUCCCCAGGGCCCGUCGGGGCCCGAGGUCACCCUCUACUUCUGGGUCUUCACGCUGGUGCUGGAGGAAAUCCGGCAGGGCUUCUUCAGGGACGAGGACAUGCACCUGAUGAAGAAAUUCACACUGUACGUGGACGACAACUGGAACAAGUGUGACAUGGUGGCCAUCUUCCUGUUCAUCGUUGGGGUCAUCUGCAGGAUGGUGCCCUCGGCAUUCGAGGCCGGCCGCACGGUGCUGGCCAUUGACUUCAUGGUGUUCACACUCCGGCUCAUCCACAUCUUUGCCAUCCACAAGCAGCUGGGCCCCAAGAUCAUCAUCGUGGAGCGGAUGAUGAAGGACGUCUUCUUCUUCCUCUUCUUCCUGAGCGUGUGGCUGGUGGCCUACGGCGUGACCACGCAGGCGCUGCUGCACCCCCACGACCGCCGCCCGGAGUGGAUCUUCCGCCGUGUGCUGUAUCGACCUUACCUGCAGAUUUUCGGCCAGAUCCCGCUGGAUGAGAUCGACGAGGCCCGCGUGAACUGCUCGGCGCACCCGCUCCUGCUGGAGGACUCGCCCUCCUGCCCCAGCCUCUACGCCAACUGGCUGGUCAUCCUCCUGCUGGUCACCUUCCUGCUGGUCACCAACGUGCUUCUCAUGAACCUACUCAUUGCCAUGUUCAG